AUGGCCGGGACGCUGCGGGCCGCCCUGGCACUGGGGCUGCUGGCGGCUGCUCAGCCCGCACCGGCCACGGGACAGCGGCGGCAGGCAGAGCUCUUCCUGGAGAAAUACGGCUACUUCAGCGAGCCGGGGGCCGGCACACACAGCCCCGCCGAGUUCAGCGAGGCGCUGAGGGAUUUCCAGCGGGUGACCCACCUGCCCCUCAGCGGGGUGCUGGAUGCCCGCACCCUCCAUCAGAUGGCUCUGCCGAGGUGUGGCACCGAGGACGGGGACAGCCGGGUAUCCCCCGGCCGGCGCCGCCGGCGCACGGCACAGCACGGUGAGAGUGGGCGCUGGUCCAAGCGGCACCUGACGUACCGGGUGGUGAACUGGCCGUCCUACCUGCCCCAGCACGAGGUGCGCCUGGCCGUCAGAGCCGCCUUCGAGCUCUGGAGCAACGUGUCCUCCCUGCUCUUCUGGGAGGCACAGGACGGCCCUGCUGACAUCCGCCUCACCUUCUUCCACGGGGACCACAACGAUGGACUCAACAACGCCUUCGAUGGGCCAGGAGGUGCCCUGGCUCACGCCUUCUUCCCCCGGCGAGGAGAAGCCCACUUUGACAGCGCCGAGCGCUGGUCCCUGCACAGCGGCAAAGGGCGAAACCUCUUCAUCGUGGUGGCCCACGAGGUCGGGCACACGCUGGGGCUGCAGCACUCGCCCGUCAAGAGCGCCCUGAUGUCCCCUUACUACAAGAAGCUCAGCAAGGAUUUUGUCCUCAGCUGGGAUGACAUCUUGGCUGUCCAGAACUUGUACGGAAAGCCCUCCAAGGGCUCGGCCAUCCAGCUCCCAGGAAAGGUCUUCACUCACUUCCAGGACUGGAACAUGGACAUUUAUGGCAGGGACCGACAGAGGAGCCUCAGCACCUACUACUGUCACUCCUUCUUCGAUGCCAUAACCGCGGAUGGGGAUCACAACCUCUACAUCUUCAAGGGCAGCCACUACUGGGUGGUGUCAGCCAGUGGCAAUGCCAGUGACCCACAGCCACUGCAGCCACGCUGGCCCGGCCUCCCUGCCAGCAUCGACGCCUGCGCCUGGUCCCAGCUCAGUGGAAAAUUCUACUUCUUCAAAGGUGGCCGCUGCUGGCGCUACACAGGCUCCGAGUUGGAGGCAGGAUUUCCCCGAAAAUGCAGCGCCCUGGGGCUCCCUCGGCACCCGGACACGGCGCUUUAUUUCCAGCAGCUCCGGCGGCUCGUCCUCUUCAAAGGCCCCAAGUACUUCGUGCUGGGCGAGGAGCCGCUGGGCGUGGAGCCCUACUACCCUCGGAGCCUGCGGGACUGGGCAGGGCUGCCCCCGGGCACGGCCGGGGCUCUCACCCACCGCGACCGCUCCGUCUACUUCUUUCGGGAUGAGCAGUACUGGAAAUUCGACCAGGAUAAGCUGAAAGUGGUGGCCACCGGCAAAUGGGCCACGCAGCUCGCCUGGAUGGGCUGCUGGGAUGCCAACAGUGAGCAGGUUCUUUUCUGAUGGGGUGAAACGGGGCUCUGGACCUCAGCUCGCUCUGCGCUGCCUGGAUCCCGCUUUGUGUGACUCUGUGCUCCUGUCUGAGGAUGGUCAGGCAGGGGCUGGCUGGAGCUGUGGGAUGGUGGAGCAGUGACCCAGCAAAACUCGGAUGCAGCUGGGACAGGUGUGCCACAGCCAAGUGGCCUGGAGGCUUUGGGACACAGUAUUUUUUUAAAAGACCACCAAAAAACCAAAAAAAAAAAGUAUGAACCAUGGAGACUGCAAACACACCAAUUUCUGUUAACUUUCAGGAUAUUGUUACACAUAUUUUUCAAAACAGUACUGGGGUUUGGUGAUACUUUUUGAUAUUUUUGCUAAUACUUGUUGAUAUCUGUCAUUUUCCCUCCAUCAGGAGGAGAAGUGUCUCCCUGCUGCUGGCUUUGGAGUUUGGAUGUUUUUAAAAAACAGACUCAGAACGUUUCCUGCUUAAAACUACAAGAAAAAAGACAUUUGGACAAA